AUGUUUUCGGGUUCAAGAGCUUGGUUUGAACACACUGUUACUCCAGUAGAUACCACUGGAGAUAUUGCUCGAUAUUAUGGUGCCAAACUACAACAGACUAUCGAGGCUAAUCCAGGAAUUCAACCUGAUGUGAUAGUUGAUGGACAGAAAAUUCAAGUACCUGUUAGCAUUAUACAAGCUUUUUGCACAAAAUCAAGAACGAGGAUGCAUAGUAAACUUACUCGGUGUUGUACUUGCGGUCGUGCUCGUGCUUGUGCUCGUGCUCAUGCUUGUGCUUGUGCUUGUGCUCGUGCUUGUGCUUGUGCUUGUGCUUGUGCUUGUGCUUGUGGAGCUGGUAGAAGUCGUGUCCGAAGUUGA